AUGAACGCGGUAUUAUUGCUUACAUUAACCGUAUUUAACAGCGUUCUUGCACGGAAAGGAUAUGGUCCUUACAAUCAGGAGUGGGGGUACGUCACCGUGAGAGAACAAGCCCAUUUAUUUUGGUGGCUGUACUACACAAACCCCUAUGACAGACCCUUGGUGAUCUGGCUUCAAGGCGGCCCCAGAGCUUCAUCAGUCACAUAUGGAAAAUUCGAAGAAAUCGGACCUCUGGAUAAAAUUCUGAAUCCCAGGAAUUACAGCUGGGUCAAGCACUUGAAUUUAAUGUUCGUUGACAACCCGGCGGGCACCGGCACCGGUUUCAGUUAUGUUGACGAUAUACGGGCCUUGGCUAUCACCAACAAACAAAUAGCGCUUGACUUCGUCGAGUUCCUAAAAAGAUUUUAUAUAGCUCUUCCCCAAUUUGAGCCGGUACCCCUGUACAUAUUUUCCGAAUCAUACGGCGGAAAAAUGACUGCGCAAAUAGCGUUAGAGCUAGACAAGGCAGUAAAGCGUGGCGAAAUUAAGUCUAAUCUUACUGGAAUAUUUGUUUAA